GAUCCCUUUCGCCCGUCCGGAAUCUUUUCUGGAGUCCGCUGGCGGUUGUUUCUCGUGCGGAGUGUGGAGGAGUCAUGGCCGAGAGCAUGAACCCGGAUCUUCGGAAGGAGCGGGAGGCAGCUUCUUUCAAGGCGGAGCUGCUGACCAACAUCUUGGACGGGGGUGCCGAGCGGACCCGGCGCCGCAAGGAAAUCGAAGCUAUUGCAAAUGAAGCCAGUUUCAAACAUGAAGAUGUAAAUUACCUCUCCCGCAGCCAACGCUAUGAAAUAGCUAUCAAAAAGAGUGCUCUUAUGGUGAUGAAACUCAGAGAAUAUGGGAUUGCAGACCCUGACGAGAUCUACUGGUUUAAAAGCUGUCUUCAUCAUGGACGGCCUGAGCCUUUGGACCUCCACCUGGGCAUGUUCCUGCCCACAUUGCUAACCCAGGCAACCCAAGAACAGCAGGAUCGCUUCUUCAUGCCUGCUUGGAACUUGGAGAUCAUUGGCACAUAUGCCCAGACAGAGAUGGGACAUGGAACCCAUCUCCGGGGACUGGAAACCACAGCCACCUAUGAUCCUGCUACCCAAGAAUUCAUCCUUAACAGUCCAACUGUGACUUCUAUUAAGUGGUGGCCAGGUGGAUUGGGUAAGACAUCAAACUAUGCCAUUGUUUUGGCUCAGCUUUAUACCCAGAACAAAUGUCAUGGGUUACAUGCUUUCAUUGUGCCUCUACGUCAGUUGGGAACUCAUGAACCAUUGCCAGGCAUUACCAUCGGUGACAUUGGCCCAAAAUUUGGUUAUGAUGAAAUGGAUAACGGUUACUUAAAAAUGGACAAUUUCCGCAUUCCCCGGGAAAAUAUGCUAAUGAAACAUGCCAAGGUUGAACCAGAUGGCACAUAUGUGAAGCCUCUCAAUGCCAAGCUAACUUACGGGACCAUGGUGUUCAUCCGUUCAAUUAUUGUUGGAGAUGCAGCUCGCAGUUUAGCCAGAGCUUGUACAAUUGCCAUCCGCUAUAGUGCCAUAAGACAUCAGUCGGAGUUACAGCCUGGGGAGCCAGAGCCUCAGAUUUUGGAUUAUCAAACUCAGCAGUACAAACUCUUUCCUCUCCUAGCAACAGCAUAUGCUUUCCACUUUGUGGGUGCCUAUAUGAAAGAUACAUAUCGUCGCAUCACUGGGAACAUCAAUGAGGGAGACCUGAGUGAGCUGCCAGAGGUAGGGCUCUUGUUCUUACUGAAUACUGAAUCUUACCAUUGACUACUACAAAGUUUA